CGUAGUUUAUUUAAACCGGAAGUUAUUAAACUUGCAUACAAGGCGCGAAAUUCGAGCGUGCUGUGGCUGUGGCUGUUGGCGACUAGUUCAUCAAACAACAUGGCAUUUUUGCAAAUGAAAACCUUUGCCAGUCCUCAAGAAUGAGCCAGCAUCAAGAUGUUGUUUGACGAGAUCAGCCAGAAGCUGGACUUCUCUAGCUGGGGGGAGGAGGGGAGCAGCAGUGACAACAGCUCAGAUGACUGCGCCGCCAUGACCCGAAGUCCCAGAAUCAGCAGCCCGGCCUCCGCCUGCUGGACACCCAGGGUGCAACGCCACCGCAGCAGGAGCAACGCCAUGUCGUCCCCUUCGCAGUGCACGAGUCCUAUACCCUAUGCGUCCUGGAGCAAACUGAGGCUCUGUGACUCUCCCAGCACACCCAAAAGUCUGCUGUCUAAAUCGUCCAAGCCCUACUCGAGCACUAAGAUAAGUCGCCAUCAGAGGAGUCUGUGUUUGGCCUCGUCUGCUGCGAGCCUCCCCCGGGCACCUUCUGUCAACGUCAAUCCCUUCACGCCUGACACGGUGCGGCGGAACAGCGAGCAGCAGUGGAGGAAGGCCUGUAGAAGUGAUGAUGAUGAAGAAUACGGGCAAAGAUUAAAACACAGCCUAACCUCAUCGGAGGAGGACGAUGAAGCCUUCCUCCCACCAAAGAGGCGAGCUGUCCAGGCCUUCAUGCUGUCACGCUAUGAGAGUGAAUUCUUGGAGCUGGAGUGCAUUGGCGUGGGCGAGUUUGGGGCAGUUUACAAAUGUGUGAAGAGGCUGGAUGGCUGCUUGUACGCCAUAAAACGCUCCCGGCGACCCCUUGCGGGUUCUGCCAAUGAGCAGCUGGCUCUAAAGGAAGUGUACGCUCAUGCUGUUCUUGGGCACCACCCGCAUGUUGUUCGGUAUUAUUCUGCAUGGGCAGAGGAUGAUCACAUGAUUAUUCAGAAUGAAUACUGUGAUGGUGGAAGUCUCACUGAUGCCAUUGUAAAGAAGGAGGUUCAAGGUGAGAUAUUUACUGAGCCAGAAUUAAAGGAUCUGCUCCUGCAGGUGUCAAUGGGUCUGAAAUACAUCCACAGCUUAGGUCUUGCGCACCUGGACAUCAAACCAAGUAAUAUAUUCAUUAGCCAGCAGCCCAGCACAGGAGCGGCGGCCGAGGGGGAGAGUGAGGAGGAAGAUGGGAGUUCUCCAGCUGGCGUCAUUUAUAAAAUUGGAGAUCUGGGUCAUGUGACCUCAACCAACAACCCUCAAGUUGAAGAGGGGGACAGCCGCUUUCUGGCCAGUGAGGUUCUGCAUGAGGACUACAGUCACCUCCCCAAAGCAGACAUCUUUGCGCUGGGCCUUACAGUGCUGCUGGCAGCCGGGGCUUCUCCGUUGCCUCAAAAUGGAGGCGAGUGGCACAGUAUUCGAGAGGGGCAGCUCCCCAAGCUGCCGCGGGAACUCUCCUCAACCUUUAUCGAUCUUCUUCAGUUGUUGCUGGAUCCAGAUCCGACAAAGCGUCCGUCUGCCAAAGAGCUUUGCAAGCACCCCGUCUUGACGGAGGAGAGAGCUGGAAGGCUGGCCACUCAGCUACGCAGAGAGCUCAAUGUGGAGAAGUUCAGGACAGCCAUGCUUGAAAAAGAGCUUCAGGAGGCCCGUCAAGCAGCUCUGUCACCAGAGCCGGACCUCCCGCUUCAACUGAAACCUCAAGCUGAGAUGGGAUCGCUACCCAAAUCGGGGAGGAGACUUGUUGGUGGGAGGAAGGCACGGUCCAUGAGCUUUGGUUGUCCCGGAUAUGGCGUAUGAGAGGAUAAUGGAUGCCCGAUCUUUUGUUCUGCACAGUGACCCAGUCCAUAUAGGAGGAGGCUUAAACAAUAUGCAAUACCUGAACUGCAAACAUCUCCAUGGGUUAUAUUUUAAGGCCUUGUGUGACUUGACCUAUAGAUUGGAGCACAUCAUUGUAUUUCAAGGACUGGCCUCUCAUUUAAAUGUGACAGUUACAACGUUGGUGCAAUGAUUUGUUUUAGUCUGUUUUUAACUUGUAAAUAAACGUUUUAUACAGAU